ACAUCAACAUCUUUAUGUAUUGCAUCAAGAAACUUAACAUCAACAUCUAAAUGUAUUGUAUCAAGAAACUUAACAUCAACAUCUAAAUGUAUUGUAUCAAGAAACUUAACAUCAACAUCUAAAUGUAUUGUAUCAAGAAACUUACCAUCAACAUCUAAAUGUACUGUAUCAAGAAACUUAACAUCAACAUCUAAAUGUAUUGUAUCAAGAAACUUAACAUCAACAUCUAAAUGUAUUGUAUCAAGAAACUUAACAUCAACAUCUUUAUGUAUUGUAUCAUGA